UUAAUUGAGGCCCAUAUUCAAUUAAACGUACCAAACGCCUAACCAAACUGCAAUUUGGUUGAUUCAUUCAAGAUAAUUAAAUAUUUCGAAAUGAAACCGAAUCGUCGUCCCUGCUUCUUUAAAUCUCAGUGCGGUGUAGAGGCGCAACGGUCACUUUGCAUUUUCUGAAAAAGCUCUCUCAAGAAAGAACCAAGAAAAGAUCGAUACUUUACAGUCUGAAAAAUGGAAAUUGUGGAGAUAGCUCCAGAUCUGUGGGAGGCGAUGAAGGAGAUGAAGACCAAGAGAAGAAAGAAACUCAGCAACGAGGAGAUAGCAGAAGUAGAAGAAGGGACACCUCUCAGAGGCAUGUUCUGUCUCAAGACAAGACAGGAGGAUAUGAAACCUUUCGAGGAGAAAGAGGAUUGCUUUAUCCUCGAUUUCGACCCCAGCGAUUCAUUCGACUCGUCCUUCUCCGAUAACCCAGAAGGAGGUGAUGACGACGAUGUGGCGAUUAUACACGAGAAAGGACAGGUGGCUUGUAGGGACUUCCCACAUCCAAGGCAUCUCUGCUUGAAAUACCCAUUUGGAUCGACUCAGCACUCACUGCAUUGUAAUCAGUGUUACUGUUAUGUCUGUGAUUUGGCUGCACCUUGCCCACAUUGGACUCUGAGUUAUGAACCGCAUUGUGAAGCAUUAGAAAAUUCUAGGUGGAGGAGUUUACGGGAGCUGCACCGCGGCCGUAGAGGACAUUAGGUGUAAGAAGCGUUUAUGAGAGUUGUGUCAGAAUCUUGCUGCUCUCUGCACCAAACAAGUGAAGGAUGUGUGGUGGAAUUUGUUUUUUUUUUUGGAUUGCUAAAUCUUGAGAGUGAUGAAUGUUAUGAGUCUGUAAUAACAGUGCCAUCUUUAGAUGAAUAUUUUGCUUAGUGAAUAACUCAAAGCGCUUAACAUCAUUUUCAAUAUUUAGCAAGAGCAGCCGUGUGUAGUCUCCAAGUAACUCAGCAAAUAUCACUACUGAAAGCAUUGUGUAGUAGAUAACUAAAUUUCUCCCAGGAAUAGUCUGGUAGAAUCAAGUUUCAAUGGAUGUCUGAAUAUUCAAAAGGAAUGUUUAAAUGGGAGAAUGAAGCAAUGUAGUUUUAUAGAAGAUGUGUUGGUGUUGUUGACUAGAUUCUUCUCUUAUUCCAACUUGGCAUCCUUCGUGGACCGUACGGAUUUUACUGAUUUUGUGCUUUUAAAAAGAAGUAUAAAAAUUUGAUUUUGUGCGAUACCAAUGGUUAUAUUCUUGGUUCUAGAAUCUCUAACAAGUCAAUAAUGAACCAAUUGAAAAUGACGUUGUUCUUUUAGGACACCAACAAUUGGAUAUUGUCAGUUACAAAAAAAAAAAAAAAAAAAAAAACAAUUGGAUAUUGUUUUAAAACCGUGCAUGUUCACACACAGCGUCCAUAUAGUCUUGUGAUUCUAGAAAUAAAAGAGUCAAAAUAAUUGAUGACAUGUCAAUGACAUGAAACUAAUUGAAAGUGAUAUAAUCACAUAGGAAAAUUUAGAAUUUUAAAAUUUUCAUGUGAGAAUUUUGUCUGUCAACGUUUUGGGUUUCACAAAAAUAAAAUUAAAAUAAGUUUCACAAAAAUAAAAUUAAAAUAAGUUAGAUCAAAAUUUUAUGAAACUAAUUAUUUAUAUAUGAUUAUCUUUGUUUAUUUUUCAUUUUUACAAAAAAAAAUAUCUAAAUUAAAAUGAUACUUUGUUCCCUUUUGCUACGAUGAUAGUUACUUUUAUCUUGAGUCCUUAACCCUUAUCGAAUCUGAAGUGGAGAUAAGUUGUAAAUUUGAAACCAACUGUCAAUCAACACUUAGUAUCAAAAUCAAAUGAUACAACCAGGUCCACACAAGAACGGCUAACACCAUGACGCGUCCUAGCUAAUAUCAUUAAAGCCGCCAAAUACCAAAUACCGUGUGGACGGUCCCUUUCUCAUACUGUUCAUACUUUGGCAGUUUGCCUCUUUGUUAUGCAAUAAUGCAUAAAUAUUGUUUAUGGUCUAUAUUUUAACUUUGUAAAAUUAGUAAUUAUUGGAAAAUUAAAUCUAAACUAUAGCUUCAAAUUAUACGCCUUGUAGAAAGUAAACUUGCAAUUUAAUAUGAAAUUUCAGGGUAUAAGAAGAAG